CGCUGCUGGUGAAUGGAAAGUGGCGAACGGUGGGGAAUAGUGUAAAGCAGCACCGACACCAAAAACAACUGCCUCUACAACAAAGUGAUGUAUGGGGUGCGCGGAGUGGAGCGGGGGUUGUGGGGAACACGCGCGCGUUAAGUUAAGGUAACAGUAGUAAGAGUUACUCAGCGCUCAGCUGGAAGAGAGAGUGUAAGGUGCGUUAGAGACGGCGGCUAGUACGAGUACGGUUAUGGCAGUGGCAGUGGCGUUGACAAUUCGAUGUGACACAGUGAGGCAAUUGAACGGUACGCGCGAUAUCAGUAGCCAAAAAACACAGAAACGCAUAACAGUGACUACAGUGACUACCAACAACAACAAGUGUAUUUGCAUAUUAAUUAGCGAAAAUAUUGUCAGUGAAGCACAAAUAACUGGGCAAAAGUGUAAAGAAUCCAGUCAACUAAAGUGUGUGUAUGUUUCUUGUAGAAUCGUUGUAGUAUCGCAAACGAAACGCGUAAAUAACGUAAAUAAGUUAGAAUGUCAGUGAGACAGCUAGUAAGGCGGCAGUUAGUCAGUGGCAGUCUGAGCAAGUAAUCAAGUGUCAGUGGUAGACGCGGCAGCAACAACAACAAAAAGCAGCACUUGGUGCGCGCCUGCAAAGCUUUAACACAUAGCUGAAACAGCAACAACAACAACAAUAAUAAUAAUAAACAACAACAUCACAACAGCAGCAGCAGCGGCAGCGGUGGCGAUAGCGCGCAGACGGCAGCACCACGUCAAGCAUACAUACUACAAACCGAGUGGAGCAAGUACAACGAGCGGCGGCCAACAACGCGUUCGCAGCUGCGAUGACAGCGACGGAGACGACGGAGCAUGCCACACACAGUUUAAAUAUGUGAAAUUAGUACAAAUCGUGAUUUCAACGGUGAACGACGAACGUACGGCGGGCUGCACACAACACAACACGUUGUUGCGGAACGGACGCGCAGGCAACACACAACGGAGAAUAAAAACAGCAACAACAACGACAACAGUAACAGCAACAGCAACAAUACCAAAAGUAAGCGAACAAGCAAGCAAGCAAGCUAUCAGGCGAGUAAGCAAACAAACAAGCACAAAAGCCAGGCAAGCCAAAGUAAGCAAUCGAGCGAACAGCGAACGAGCCAGUAACCACAAGUGGUGGCGGAGCGAAGAGCAAUAGCGAGCGAGUAUAUAGCAACAAAAACAUAACAACAACAAUAACACAAGUAGUGCUGCAGCCAACACGAAAGCAAAGUAGUAGCAAGAGGAGCUAAAAUAGCAACAACAACAACAGCUAGCAUUGCUCCACGCCACAGCGAGGGGAAAAAAGCAAAAGAAAAAAAACUGCAAACACCUCCAAAAGCACCAGUGCAUGCAUGCCAGGCAAGCAGAUAUUCGGACAAUCAGCUCAGCCAGUUUGCCAGCUACAGCUAACACAAUAAAAACAAGAGUGAAAAUACAGCUGACGGCUGCACGACACGACAUACGACGUACGAGCUAAACAUCGCGCGCGCACACACACACACGCACGUCGCACACACGAGCGUACAGGCUAAUUCGAAUCGAACGAGGCUAAUGCGAGGCGAGUCGGAUUGAUAGGCGGCAAAGAGAAAAGAAACGGCAGUUGCAGCGCAAGGCGAAGGCAACAACUCCAUGGUCACGAAGCUAAUGCGACAGCAACACCACGACAACUAGAAUCAAGUCAACGCAACAGCAACAGCAACACGGCCGACACGCAGGACACUUGGCAAACUUCCCCCAUUCCUAAUCCCAACCCUGAACCACCGACGUCGCGUUACCCCUCCACAUUCACAGCACCUACUACUACUACUACUGGACGAGCUUUGCGGCGACGUCUAACGCGACAGCAGCAGCAGCAAGUGUAUGCGAUACCCAAAAAAUUGCAGGUAUCAGCGAAAACAGAUAAGCGAAGCGACAACAACAAGAACUCCAACACCACCACCAACAACAACGACGACAAAGUUAACGGUUGUACAAAUAACAGUACAGCACGUGAAGGUGACAAUAAGUGUCCCCUGGCGACUGGGACAGUCAGCACUGUCAGUACUAUAGUAACAGCGCUGGCGAGAACGAAACGGCAACGCGGUAGAAGGCGGCACGUAGUCGGUACGCGUACUGUGAUCGGUUAUAAUUUUGGCAAAAGAAAAACGGGCAGUGCUUUGGGAAAAACAACCACCUGUACAACUCAACCAAAUAGUGCAAUCGUUAGUAAUCGCAAUCGCGAAGUGAAAAACAACAAUACGGAAACGUCGAACAACAACUUGUCAAACGUUUCAACAACAACUAUAACGGAGCUGACGGAAAAAUCAUUGAAGACGUCGCCCGCAACGGAGUCGCAGGUAUUGGAGCAGAGGGCCAAAGAGUCAAAGGUUGAUUCUGACGCUGAGGAAGCGCCGACAGCGACGACGACGACGACCGAUUCGGCUCUGUGCCCGCCCAAUACCGAAAAAGCUAACAACAUUCCCCCACCACAGUUACGACGUCGUCGCAAAGCGCGCCUUACGUACAAACGCGCGCCACCGACACCAUCGCCGUCUUCCAUGUCCCUGUCGGUGGCGCUGCCUGCACUGCACGCAGCUGCCUUAACGACAGGUGCGGGAGCGGCGACGACUAAUGGCAACAGUAGCGGUGGCACCGCCGCACUUUCACCCACAUUUGGCGUGGGCGGCGAAUCGCUGCCCAGUCCAACGAGCGAUCGCGUCGAAUGGUCACGUUCCACCAUACUGGAUUUCAUCGAGGAUUAUCGCAUGCAUCGUGUGCUGUGGGAUCCCAACACCAAAGGUUAUCACAUCAAGCAAACCAAGUAUGAGGCACUGAAAUUGCUCGGCAACAAAUAUGGCACCGAGAUACGCUCGAUACGCAGUAAAAUCAAGAGUUUACGCUCGUCAUUUCAUCGCGAACAUGGCAAGGUGAUGAUCGGCAGGCAAAAAGGUGUCCACUACCAGCCCAUGUGGUUUGCAUACGACGCCAUACGUUUCAUACUCGACGGCGAGGGCGGCAAUGGUGGUGGCGCAGCAGUGCGCGGCCAACACGCGCAAACUUCGGCGAUCGGUGUGGAGGGCGAAGCUGACGAAGUGGAAGAGAAACUCGCAUUGUUACGCGACGAUAGCGUAGACGAUGGCGGCGGCGGUGGCGGUGAUGACGGUGCGGACGGCGCUCGCACGGAGAGUGGCGAAAUGGAUGAUAAAUACGCGACAACGAUGGAGGCAGCAGUGCGCGCCAUACAAGCAGCAGCGCUAGCUGGUGCGCGUGAGAGCGGUGGCGGCGGCGCCGUAACGUCCGGCGCAAAUGCAGCGGCAGUGGCGGGCACCACUGUCGAUGAGUUGAAAGUCGAACCGCAAGCCACAAAUGUAACAGCGGCGGCGUCAGCAGUGAAUGCUACAAAAACAACAGCAACAACUGUGGUGUAUGGCAUGAAGACAGCUGUCAAUAGCCAGCUAUUUAAUGCAUCAUGCGUAGCACAAGCAACACCAACAACAACAACAACAAAUGUAACUACAGUAGCGGGUGAAACGCUCGCCGCCACGGCAGCCAACGCGACCUCUGCGAAUAGCGCGGUAUCAACGGCCGCGUCCACAGCAACAACAACGACAGCAACAGCGUUAUUGCCACACAGCAAACUGCUUGCCAACAAUGGCAACAAUAACAACAACAACAACAAUAAGAAUAACAAUAAUAUAAAUGUUAGCAACGCAAUGGCCAUGAUGACAAUGACAACGCCAGCGUUGACAAUUAUCGGCAGCGCUGGACUGGCAAUGGGCCUUGGCGGCCUGGCGACAAUGACAACAGCAGGCGGCGCAGGUAGUCUCAACGGUGUGCUCGGUGGUGGUGGUGGUGCAACAGUUGGUGGCACAACAAUGUCGCACGCGUUCGGCGCUACAACACCACUACAUCAUGCCGCCGCCGCCGCCAACGCGGAUGGCGACGAAUCGUCAGUCGCGAGCAAUAGUUUAGUGGCGCGCGUAGCAGCAGCUGUGGCGGCAGCAGCAGCCGCUAAUGCUGCCGCGGCGGCCAAUGCAAAUCGGAAUGUCGCUAUCGCUAUGGACGAACAACAACAACUGGCUGUGAGAGUCAAGAGCUUGUUGUUGACAUGUUCGACUGGUUUUCACUUGCAGGCGCGGUCCACGGUCGCAGCUGGCGCGGCGGGUGCGACAGGCCUGAUCGGCGCUGGAGCUGGCGCUGGCACUGCCAAUACGACAGCAACGACGGCCACCGAUUACGAAGCCGACAUACAGAGCUUUUGUUGCAACAUCAGUGCGGACGAUGUGAAAACCGAAAUUAUCGAAGGCGACACGAAUGAACUAGUCAUGCUUGAACAACAACAGCAGCAACAACAACAACAGCAUCAACAGCAACAACAGCAGCAACACCCACGUUCGUGCAGCGUCACACCACUGACAGCAGCUGCGGUCAAUUACUAUAAUUUGCCACCGAUGGCCGAAUUGCCAAUGUCUUCCAGCGUGGGUGGGCGCAAACGCAAGUUGCUUAGCUUACACGCCGAUACCGCCUCGCCGUCGAAAAAGUCCGCAUUGGCGCUGCAGCAACACUUACAGCAACAAUUACAAUUGCAACAUCAACACCAACAGCAACAACAGCAGCAACAACAACAAACACAGACGCAACAUUCCAACGCACAAGCGAGUUCCAAGCAACGCGGCGAACGUGAGCUACUGGCCGCCGGCGCUGCUGGUGCGCUCACUUUCGCCGCCGUAGGCAAUAGUCAUAGUCAAAGUCAAAAUAGCAACAAUAACAACAACAGCGGCGGCGGCAACAAUCCAAACAGCAAUGGCAGCGGCGGCAACAGCUUGCAUAAUCUAAGUGCCAAUCAAAAUCCAAAGGCCAACACCAACAACAACAACGCCGCAAGCAGUAGCAGCAACAACAACAACAACAGCACGCAAUCGCUGAACGAUGAGUACGGUGUAUUUGGCGAAUAUGUAGCCAUAACCAUACGCAAACUGAAGACCCCAAAGUCAAAGAUUGUCAUAAAGCAUCUCAUCAACAAUCUACUGUACGAGGCCGAGAUGGGCAAGUAUGAUCACGGCAUGCCAUCGUCCAAAGAACCACCGCAAUUGUAUAAGAUGUGAUGUAAGGACGCCAGGUUGCACGCGCCGCAGCUGACCCCACCAGCAACUGUACCGCCUCGGUUGUGCGACGCCGUCAAGCUGGAAGCGUCGUUGCCAAACAUUAAAACAGAAACUGAAGAUUGUCAAAGCAGAUGCGGUCGAAGUGCAUACAGUUGUGGGGGUCGCUGUGGUGGUCGGCCAACACCUGGACACUAGUCAUAGUUGAAGCAAAGCGAUCUAGCGCCAAGUAAAGUCAAGUGGAGUGGAGUGAAGUGACGACGAGUGAAGUGAAGCAAAUAAAAAGCAGAAGAAAGCAAAGCAAAGUGAUGUUUUCAGUAAAGAAGUGCAACAAUUGUUAUAAAGAAUUAAGAAGAAAGAAACGUGAAAUGCGUUCAAAUCAGGGAAUAUUAAAAAAAUAAAGAAAAAAUGUGAAUUUCAAACAAAAAAUUAUUUAAAAUAUAUUAUGUAUAUAUACAAAAGAAUAUAUAUAUAUAUAUAUAUACUAACAUGCUUAUGUAUAUAUGUAUGUAUAAACGUAAAUGUAAACAUAAACAAAUAUAUUUGUAGAACAAAGCAUAUAAGUGAGAAAUAGUUAAAGCUUUUAGCAAAAUGGGGAAUGCAUAUUAAUCAUGUGAAAUGUGAAAUGCGAAACGUUAGGUAAUGGCAAACGUCGUACAGCAACGGCUGCAGCGGGAAAGCAGUAGUUAAAACACACACACAUACACACAGACACAUA